CUCAAUCUUUGUUGCAUCCGUGGAGUGAAUACCUGUGCUGCAAUUUCGCUCGAUAGAUUCGUAGCACCGACGUCAUCAUACUACCGAGCCACUUUCCCGCCAGCAGGCAGCUCUUUGAGCACGCGCGCAAGUGAAAGCUGUCAUUGUAGUGUAGAGGCGCGCCUGCACCUUUGGCUACUCAGAAGUAGCUUUUAUAGUUCUGCCUUCGCAAAGGAAGAGACACCAAGCCGCCCAGUAUGUCUCUGUCCGAGCGCCUUACCACGAUGGAGGAGUACCAGCCGUGGAGUGCGCCCGGCAGCCGCGAAUCUUCGCGCAACCGCAAGAUGUCGUUCAAUCCAGUUGGAGCGUGGACCGAAGCUGCAGGGGAGGUGCAGCCUGUUGGCGCAUUUGAGGUGCCCAAGUGGAAGAGAUGUUUGCAGGUGUUCUUUGCUUGCAUCUAUUGCCUGUUCGCUGCUGGUGUGGUAUUUGGAUAUGCGGCGAUCAAACCAGUGUUGCUCGAAGAAGGCGUGUAUAGAAACAAGUGCUCGAAGCAGGAGCUAAAGGAUGAUGUGCCCAUUUGCUAUGAGCAAGAGCUAAGACUUGGAAGGCGCAACCUCACUGACCAAAAUGGUAGGCUCAACCUCAUGUUCACAAUCGCCGCUGUCUCCACGAAUGUCGUUGCACUACCCGUUGGUACGAUAUUGGACCGCUAUGGCCCUCGAGUAUCCGGCAUAAUUGGAGCGAUCUCAAUUACUUUGGGAUCUCUGCUGUUCGCAUUCGCAGCGCAGCUUCCCUUCGAUGCGUACAUCCCUGGAUACCUGUUUCUGGCGUUAGGUGGACCGUUCGUGUUCAUCUCAUCCUUCCAGCUCAGCAACACAUUUCCUCAAUACUCGGGACUGAUUUUGGCUCUCCUCACUGGCGCCUUCGACACCUCGAGCGCCAUCUUCCUAUUUUACCGCCUUGUCUACCAGGCUACAGAUGGCGCUUUUACACCUAAGAAAUUUUUUCUCGCAUACCUCCUGGUACCUGCGUACAUACUGGCAGUGCAGGUCUUCUGCAUGCCUUCAACCUCAUACAAGACUGUCGGCGAGUUGGUCACCGAAGUAGAAGAGGAUAACAGCGUCCACGAAUCAGAUGAUGAGAUUGAGGACCAAUCUACGGUACAGAGCCUGCAAGACGCUCGCCGCGCACACCGAGACAGUAUCGCCAGCGAGAUCACCGCCCUACUAGGUACCAAAGACGGCGCAGAUCAAGCCAAAGAGGAAGAGAAGAAGCGAAACAAGUCAGGCGUUUGGGGAGCUUUGCAUGGACGCACUGCAGCGGAGCAGAUCAAGACGCCGUGGUUCAUCCUCAUCACCUUGUUUACCGUGUUGCAGAUGACAAGGAUCAACUACUUUGUUGCGACCAUUCGCUCACAGUACACGUACAUCUUCCACGACUACUCGAAGGCGGUCGAGAUUAACAACUUCUUCGAUGCUGCGUUGCCUGUGGGUGGCAUUAUCUCGAUACCCUUCAUCGGUCUGAUUUUGGACAACACCAGUACAACGUUCACUUUGUCGCUCUUGGUUACUAUCGCGACUACGAUUGGUGUUUUGGGUGUGAUCCCUGAGACUUGGUCGGCUUACGGGAACAUUGUCUUGUUUGUGCUCUACCGACCUCUGUACUACACCGCAGUCUCUGACUACUCCGCUAAAGUGUUCGGCUUUGCAACUUUCGGCAAGGUCUACGGUCUGAUCAUCUGCUUAGCCGGUCUUCUCAACUUCUCACAAUCGGCACUUGACGCUGCGACACACAAGGUCUUCAAGAACGACCCUGUACCUAUCAAUGUCAUUCUUCUGAGUCUCGCACUUCUUGUCGGCAUCGCGCUUGUGGCUUUUGUGUUCAGGAGGAGCCACAAGAUCAUGAGGGAGAACAUCGAAGAGGAAGCUGAGGAAGCGAGGGAGAGACUGAUGCCGGGUGUCAGCGUUGGUGUACAAGAAUAUGGCGCUGUUACUGCGAAUGGCAAUGGAACGAGCCCUAGCGGCGUGGAAGAAAGGAGAGGUCGCACGAUGUGA